UACUCUGAAACUAGACAAUAUGAAAAAAAUGGGCAUUUGUUUUGUUUGUCUGGAACCCUCCCAUAUCAGCAGAGACUGUGAAAGGAAAAUUCUUUGUAAUGUUCAAAUAGGAAAUAAUAAGACGUGGAAAACUGCACCAUCCUUCCGUGCAUUCUGUGUUCAACAAGAACUUACAUAUUGUUCAAGCUUCGAGUAACCUUAUGGAUAGAGAAGGUGUUUUGUUAAUGAUAAGUAAAAUUAGUAGUGGCUCAUAUAACUUGUCUACACUUUUUGAUGCUGGUAGCAAUUUAACUAUGAUCACCCAUGCAGCAGCCAAGAAAUUGGGCCUUAAGGGUUCGGAAAUAUCCCUAAGUCUUACCAAAAUAGGGAAUCAAAAGGAGAGAGUAGAGAGCAAAAUAUAUAAUGUUCCUUUGAUUGAUAAUAAUGGUAAACAAUGGUUGGUGGAGGCUGUUGGCUUUAAUGAUAUCACUUCAGAAAUUAAGGAUGUGGAUAUGACGGAAAUUGCUCGUAUUUUGGGGGUUAAUCCUAAUCAGAUUCAAAGACCUAGUGGCAAAAUUGAUUUGCUUAUUGGAUUAGAUUACUGCGUGCUCAUACCAAAAGUGGUAAAACCAGUUGGAAAUUUACAGCUUAUGCAUAAUAAUUUUGGUUACUGUAUCAGAGGUUAUCUAGGUCCUUUGCCCCAUAACAGUGAUCAGCUACAUGCAAAGGUAAAUCACAUUGCUUGUUUACAGUCUGAUGAAUACUUGAUCAAAUCCAAGAAAAAUAUUGGUAGAAUGAUGGAAUGCUUUUUCAUGAGUGAAGAACUAGGUAUAGCAUGCUCUCCGAAGUGUGGAGGGUGUCGUUGUGGCAAGUGUUCUCUGAAAGGCCAUAUGACGCUGAAGGAAGAAAAGGAACUGAAACUGAUUGAGGAUGGAUUGAAUUAUGAUGAGCUUAACCAAUGUUGGGUGGCUGACUAUCCAUGGAUCAGAAAUCCUAGUGAAUUACCAAAUAAAUAAGCUUGGCUGUGAAUACUCACAAAGGUAUAAUGAACAAAUACAGGACAUGGUUAAAAGAGGGGUAGCUCGUAAGAUGUCGGACGAAGAGAUAAUCUUGUAUAAAGGGCCAGUGUUUUACCUUCCUCAUCAUGAAGUUCUUAGAUCCGAUUCAAAGUCAACACCAAUGAGAAUUGUAUUUGAUUCUUCAGCGCCUUAUAUGGGAUUUGCAUUAAAUGAUUUUCUAGCUAAGGGACCCGAUUGCCUUAAUAAUAUUUUAGGCAUACUUCUCAGAUUCCGUCAAGGGCUUAUUGGGCUUAUAGGAGACAUUAAGAAAAUGUACAAUUCAGUUAAGAUAGGCCAUUUCGAUCAGAAUUGCCAUAGAUUCUUGUGGAGAGAAAUGAAUACGGAAAGAAGUCCAAGUCGUUAUGCUUUAACGACAGUUACUUUUGGUGAUAAACCUGGAGGAGCGAUUGCAAUGGUUGCUUUACGUAAGACAGCAGAAAUGUGUAAGAAUUACCCAGAAGCUACCAAACUGAUUGAAAGGGACUCUUAUGUAGAUGACUUAUUGGCUAGUGUGGAUAGCCAUGAGGCAGCCAAGACCAUAAUGAAUGACAUUGGUCGUGUAUUAAGCAAAGGAGGUUUUCAGAUAAAACAGUGGGUGAUGUCGGGUGGUAAUAAUUGUGUAAACUCCUGUUCAAGCAUUAUAGAAACUAAUACUGAAAAGGUCCUGGGGUUGAAUUGGGAUCCUGAAUCUGAUUUAUUUUUCUUUGUAGUACGUAUAAAUUUUUCUAAGAGAAUCAGAAAAUUGCGUACUGCACCUGAUCUUACAAAAGAUAAGCUUGAAAAUGAAUUACCAGAGAAAUUGACACGAAGGAUGAUACUUAGUCAGGUAUCAAGUAUUUACGAUCCAUUGGGGUUAAUUGCUCCUUUCACGCUGAAGGCUAAGCUCUUGAUGAGGGAGCUUGUAUUAGACCUUGGUAACUGUGACAAGAAACUUGGUUGGGAUUAUGCUGUUAGCUCUCAUAUGAAUAAUGAAUGGAGGAUGCUCUUUCGAGAGAUGUUUGAGAGCUUUGUUCGUUGUCUCAAGCCUCACAGUUCAAAGGGUAACCCACAUUUGAUCAUAUUUGCUGAUGGAAGUUCAAAGGCUUAUGGAGCUGUGGCCUAUAUGAGAUGGGGAUUAUCAGACGGCUCCUUUAUCAGUCAUUUAAUUGCAUCUAAAUGUAAGCUAGCUCCCAUUCGUCAGAUGACGAUCCCCAGGAUUGAAUUAUGCAGUGCUGUGCUUGCGUGUCGUCUCAGAGCUUUCAUUGUACAGGAAAUGGACUUCAACUUUGAUUCUGUCACUCACCUCAUUGACUCAGAAAUAGUAAGAUCUCAGAUUCAAAAGGAAUCUUUCAGAUUUAACACAUUUGUAGCUAAUCGUGUUUCUGAAAUUCAAGAAAAAACUGAUCCAAGUGAGUGGUACUGGAUACCUUCAGAAUUAAAUAUAGCUGAUUUACUUACACGCGGAUGUAGACCAGAGCUUCUAAAUCAGAGUUCUUUGUGGCAGUCUGGCCCUGAAUUUCUUGCAUUACCCAGAACAGAUUGGCCAAUCAAACAGAAGUAUUUAAUUGAUUUACCUGAUGUUCUUUAUUUAAAGAGAGGAAGGAUUUCCCUUGCAGCAGCAAAUAAUGAUUUAGUUGUUGAUAUAAAGAGAUACAGUAAAUAUGAUAAAUUCAUAAAUGUUACAGCCAGAGUUCUAAAGGUAUUCCUUGGAAGAUCCCUGUUAUAUAUAGGCAAAGAACCUGAUGUUGGAGAUCUACACAGGGCUGAAAUUUAUUGGGUAAGAAAGGUGCAAGAAAGAAUUGAUAAAAAUUGGAAGAUAAGAUAUCAAAGACUAGGCCCUAAGCUGAAUGGUGAAGGGAUAAUUACAGUGGGUGCAAAAGUAAGUAAUUGGUUGAAAACAAAUUGGAACAGAGAUGAUUAUAUGUUAUUGAUGCCGGAUCAUCCUUUCACUAAAUUGAUUAUUAAACACUUACAUAAACGUGAUCAUUCUGGAAUAGAAUCCACUUUAGUCAAGCUUCAAACAAAAUUCUGGGUACCGGGUGCUAGACGAAUAAUAAAGCAUAUUAAGGCUAAAUGUUUGAUGUGUAGGAGAAUCAACAAAAUUUGUGAAAGCCAGUGUAUGGGCCAGCUUCCAAAUGAGAGACUAAACCCAGCACCUCCAUUUUACUUUACUUCCCUUGAUUUGUUUGGUCCUUAUUUGGUCAAAGAUGCAUGA